GGGAGGGCGGGCGCUGGCACCGGGAACGCCUGAGCGCCGGCGGAGAGCGAGACACGUGCGGCCCAGAGCACCAGGGCCACCCGGUCCCCGCAGGCCCGGGACCGCGCCCGCUGGCAGGCGACACGCGAUGGAGUUUCACCAUGUUGGUUAGGAUGGUCUCGAUCUCUUGACCUCGUGAUCUGCCCGCCUCAGCCUCCCAAAGUGCUAGGAUUACAGGUGUGAGUCACCACGUCCAUCCGGUCACGGUGAUCCAUUUGUAAAGUCAGGAAUAAAUGACCUCUGAAGUGUUGUCUGUAUAUUGAUCUGCUACCAGUAAAACAUAUCUCUGAAGAAUACGGAGUUCUAUACCAGAGUUGAUUGUUGAUGGCACAUACUUUUAGAGGAUGCUCAUUGGCAUUUAUGUUUAUAAUCACGUGGCUGUUGAUUAAAGCAAAAAUAGAUGCGUGCAAGAGAGGCGAUGUGACUGUGAAGCCUUCCCAUGUAAUUUUACUUGGAUCCACAGUCAAUAUUUCAUGCUCUUUGAAGCCCAGACAAGGCUGCUUUCACUAUUCCAGACGUAACAAGUUAAUCCUGUACAAGUUUGACAGAAGAAUCAAUUUUCACCAUGGCCACUCCCUCAAUUCUCAAGUCACAGGUCUUCCCCUUGGUACAACCUUGUUUGUCUGCAAACUGGCCUGUAUCAAUAGUGAUGAAAUUCAAAUAUGUGGAGCAGAGAUCUUCGUUGGUGGGAACUACUGGAGGCUAUGCUCCACCAACCCAAGUAAUUAGACAAGAAGGAAUAAAACAUUAAAUCUAAGAAAUAAGACAGCCAAAGGAAAAAAAGAAGGAACUUAGGAGACAUUGGGGAUGAGCAGUCCCAGAAUGACAGCUGGGUACCAGGCAUGGAGACAACCUGUCUUGUAUUGGAAAAUUCACAAGGCUCCAAGAGAGAUCCUCAAGCAGAUGAAAUGGAUAGAAGUCCCAAUACGUUGCAGUAUAUUGAACAGUGAUUCAGUUGCUCCAGAACAGCCUCAAAAUUUAUCCUGCAUACAGAAGGGAGAACAGGGGACUGUGGCCUGCACCUGGAAAAGAGGACGAGACACCCACUUAUACACUGAGUAUACUCUACAGCUAAGUGGACCAAAAAAUUUAACCUGGCAGAAGCAAUGUAAAGACACUUAUUGUGACUAUUUGGACUUUGGAAUCAACCUCACCCCUGAAUCACCUGAAUCCAAUUUCACAGCCAAGGUUACUGCUGUCAAUAGUCUUGGAAGCUCCUCUUCACUUCCAUCCACAUUCACAUUCUUGGACAUAGUGAGGCCUCUUCCUCCGUGGGACAUUAGAAUCAAAUUUCAAAAGGCUUCCGUGAGCAGAUGUACCCUUUAUUGGAGAGAUGAGGGACUGGUACUGCUUAAUCGACUCAGAUAUCGGCCCAGUAACAGCAGGCUCUGGAAUAUGGUUAAUGUUACAAAGGCCAAAGGAAGACAUGAUUUGCUGGAUCUGAAACCAUUUACAGAAUAUGAAUUUCAGAUUUCCUCUAAGCUACAUCUUUAUAAGGGAAGUUGGAGUGAUUGGAGUGAAUCAUUGAGAGCACAAACACCAGAAGAAGAGCCUACUGGGAUGUUAGAUGUCUGGUACAUGAAAAGGCACAUUGACUACAGUAGACAACAGAUUUCUCUUUUCUGGAAGAAUCUGAGUGUCUCAGAGGCAAGAGGAAAAAUUCUCCACUAUCAGGUGACCUUGCAGGAGCUGACAGGAGGGAAAGCCAUGACACAGAACAUCACAGGACACACCUCCUGGACCACAGUCAUUCCUAGAACCGGAAAUUGGGCUGUGGCUGUGUCUGCAGCAAAUUCAAAAGGCAGUUCUCUGCCCACUCGUAUUAACAUAAUGAACCUGUGUGAGGCAGGGUUGCUGGCUCCUCGCCAGGUCUCUGCAAACUCAGAGGGCAUGGACAACAUUCUGGUGACUUGGCAGCCUCCCAGGAAAGAUCCCUCUGCUGUUCAGGAGUACGUGGUGGAAUGGAGAGAGCUCCAUCCAGGGGGUGACACACAGGUCCCUCUAAACUGGCUACGGAGUCCACCCUACAAUGUGUCUGCUCUGAUUUCAGAGAACAUAAAAUCCUACAUCUGUUAUGAAAUCCGUGUAUAUGCACUCUCAGGGGAUCAAGGAGGAUGCAGCUCCAUCCUGGGUAACUCUAAGCACAAAGCACCACUGAGUGGCCCCCAUAUUAAUGCCAUCACAGAGGAAAAGGGGAGCAUUUUAAUUUCAUGGAACAGCAUUCCAGUCCAGGAGCAAAUGGGCUGCCUCCUCCAUUACAGGAUAUACUGGAAGGAACGGGACUCCAACUCCCAGCCUCAGCUCUGUGAAAUUCCCUAUAGAGUCUCCCAAAAUUCACAUCCAAUAAACAGCUUGCAGCCCCGAGUGACAUAUGUCCUGUGGAUGACAGCUCUGACAGCUGCUGGCGAAAGUUCCCACGGAAAUGAGAGGGAAUUUUGUCUGCAAGGUAAAGCCAAUUGGAUGGCGUUUGUGGCACCAAGCAUUUGCAUUGCUAUCAUCAUGGUGGGCAUUUUCUCAACGCAUUACUUCCAGCAAAAGGUGUUUGUUCUCCUAGCAGCCCUCAGACCUCAGUGGUGUAGCAGAGAAAUUCCAGAUCCAGCAAAUAGCACUUGUGCUAAGAAAUAUCCCAUUGCAGAGGAGAAGACACAGCUGCCCUUGGACAGGCUCCUGAUAGACUGGCCCAUGCCUGAAGAUCCUGAACCGCUGGUCAUCAGUGAAGUCCUUCAUCAAGUGACCCCAGUUUUCAGACGUCCCCCCUGCUCCAACUGGCCACAAAGGGAAAAAGGAAUCCAAGGUCAUCAGGCCUCUGAGAAAGACAUGAUGCACAGUGCCUCAAGCCCACCACCUCCAAGAGCUCUCCAAGCUGAGAGCAGACAACUGGUGGAUCUGUACAAGGUGCUGGAGAGCAGGGGCUCAGACCCAAAGCCAGAAAACCCAGCCUGUCCCUGGACGGUGCUCCCAGCAGGUGACCUUCCCACCCACGAUGGCUACUUACCCUCCAACAUAGAUGACCUCCCCUCACAUGAGGCGCCUCUCGCUGACUCUCUGGAAGAACUGGAGCCUCAGCACAUCUCCCUUUCUGUUUUCCCCUCAAGUUCUCUUCACCCACUCACCUUCUCCUGUGGUGAUAAGCUGACUCUGGAUCAGUUAAAGAUGAGGUGUGACUCCCUCAUGCUCUGAGUGGUGAGGCUUCAAGCCUUAACGUCAGUGUGCCCUCAACCAGCACAGCCUGCCCCAAUUCCCCCAGCCCCUGCUCCAGCAGCUGUCAUCUCUGGGUGCCACCAUCGAUCUGGCUGCAGCUAGAGGACAGGCAAGCCAGCUCUAGGGGAGUCUUAGGAACUGGGAGUUGGUCUUCACUCAGAUGCCUCAUCUUGCCUUUCCCAGGGCCUUAAAAUUACAUCCUUCACUGUGUGGACCUAGAGACUCCAACUUGAAUUCCUAGUAACUUUCUUGGUAUGCUGGCCAGAAAGGGAAAUGAGGAGGAGAGUAGAAACCACAGCUCUUAGUAGUAAUGGCAUACAGUCUAGAGGACCAUUCAUGCAAUGACUAUUUCUAAAGCACCUGCUACACAGCAGGCUGUACACAGCAGAUCAGUACUGUUCAACAGAACUUCCUGAGAUGAUGGAAAUGUUCUACCUCUGCACUCACUGUCCAGUACAUUAGACACUAGGCACAUUGGCUGUUAAUCACUUGGAAUGUGUUUAGCUUGACUGAGGAAUUAAAUUUUGAUUGUAAAUUUAAAUCGCCACACAUGGCUAGUGGCUACUGUAUUGGAGUGCACAGCUCUAGAUGGCUCCUAGAUUAUUGAGAGCCUUCAAAACAAAUCAACCUAGUUCUAUAGAUGAAGACAUAAAAGACACUGGUAAACACCAAUGUAAAAGGGCCCCCAAGGUGGUCAUGACUGGUCUCAUUUGUAGAAGUCUAAGAAUGUACCUUUUUCUGGCCGGGCGUGGUGGCUCAUGCCUGUAAUCCCAGCACUUUGGGAGGCUGAGGCAGGCGGAUCAUGAGGUCAGGAGAUCGAGACCAUUCUGGCUAACAUGGUGAAACCCCAUCUCUACUAAAAAUAUUUUUUUAAAAAAUUAACUGGGCGUGAUGGCGGGCGCCUGUAGUCCCAGCUACUCGGGAGGCUGAGGGAGGAGAAUGACAUGAACCUGGGAGGUGGGGCUUGCAGUGAGCCACUGCACUCCAGCCUGGGCAACAGAGCAAGACUCUGUCUCAAAAAAGAAAAAAAAAAAAAAAUGUACCUUUUUCCUAGA